CAUGAAGCGACAACACGUCGCCCUGCCGGGCCUGAAAUCCCUGGCCGCCGCCAUCCUCGUCGCCCGCGUCGCCGAGGGCGCAAAGACCUACUGCGCCAACCAAAACAACGUCGUCGCGGCGGACACCAACUGCGACGGCACGAAGCCUGCCGACACCUUUUUCAUGUUCUUCAGCGAAGAAGACUCCAUCCCGCUCGGCGGCGCCGUCGACCCUCUCAAGACGGACCUGUAUGACAGCGCCGACCCGGUCGAGCGACAGAAUGCCAGGUUUCCUUUCGAAGUUGAUGAGGCCAAGUUCGAGACUAGAGACAUGGAGUCUGGCGGAUUCGGCAGGCGAGCUUGUGGAGGUAAUGGUGGUGGCUAAAGUGGCAUUCUUCUGGGAGAGGAACAGUGAAUAUUUUUUUGAAGGUCUUAGGGUUCAUAUUAUACCACAAUACAGUCAAUCUCAUCAAAGGCUCAGGAACCCUCUUGCUCGUUU